AUGUUUGGAUGUGUUUCCCAUUGCGACACCGGUUUUUAUGCUGAUGGGGAUAAAUGUAAAAGAUGUUCUUCUGAUUGCGAAACUUGUUCUUCUGGCGAAUUGUGUGAUACUUGCCAUGGGGCAAAAUUGCUUAUAGAUGUUAAACAUUAUGGACAUUUGGACCAUGGAAGAUGUGUAGAUUCUUGUCCUUCUGGUUUAGUUGCUGUUUAUAAAAGCACAAUACAAGCCAAAUGUGUCUUAAAAAUAAAUACCUGUGCUGCUGGUUAUUUUCAAAGUGAUCAAGCUACUGGUGUUUGUUUAGAUUGUGAUAAAGCUUGUUCAUUAUGUCAUGGACCGGGCCCUCUACAAUGUGACCAAUGUGCCCCCGGCUACGGAAACUCUUCCAUCGGUUAUUGCCGUCCUUGUUGCUCAACAGAUCAAUUACAACAACACGAUACUAGUUGUGAAGAUUGUAGCCAUAUUUAUUUAACAACGCCUUAUUCCCCAUUUUCUUCUACUUUUACCUCCACAAAUUUAUUAACAAUCAAUUCAAUUUUUAUGUCUUUUUUGUUUGUUUUUGUGCUUGUUUUGAUUGCUACUUUGGGUUGUUGGCUUUGUUACAAGUUGAUUUACUUUUGUUGUUGCAGUAAACAAAAAGAUGGACGAGCGGAUUUGGAAUAUACACCCCUAACAACAAUCGACAACAAAACAUAUCAAAAAACAAAACAGCCAAGUACUGGUCAUCAAAAUCAAGCCUUUGAAUUAUUAGGAGAGGAUUCCGAGUCUGAUAUUGAUGUGUUGGAAGAAGUGGAGGUUGAAGAAGAUGGAAAAAUCAAAGAAGAGGAAAUUAAAGUUGAAGAAAAUAUUAUCGAUUUAAUCGAAAAAGCUUCAACUUCAAAAGAGGCUGUUUAA